AUGAAAGACGUAGAGAGGCAGGCGUAUUUUCGAACAGGUCGAAGAUGUCCCCAGGGUCCUGAUCUAGCAUUGUCAAAACCUACGAGGGACGCUUUUAAAAUGCUUCAUUCGUCAUUUGAGAAAACGAAUUCGUUCUUCUCUGAAAACGAUUUGCAGCAUAUUGCAAAGGAUAUAUGCUUUCCAAGUUUCACGACACUAAAUGUGGAACAUUUCUUUGCGGGAAUGAGAACCCCAAGUCGUCCAAUGCCAGACAUGCAUGAUUACGGCAGCCGCAGACCAAGCUGUAUUGUUGAAUCCGUACAGAAGGUGUAUCACUCUUCCUUUUCAGUGUAUACGGGACCCCAAAGCCACUACACCGAACGAACAAUAAACAAGAGGGAGCCUGAGUGGCUUUAUGAUCGUGCAAAGCUUAGCGAAGCACAUUUUAGGCAAGAAGAUAGUGUUAAGGAGAAGGAUGUUUUGCGUGAAGAAUCAAGGGAACUUAGGCUGUUUGCUAAAGAAUUUGGGCAAGGCGUACGGCAGCAAAGAGUAAGAAACAAAACGAAAGAAAAGGCUGGAACUCUCCCUCUAUCUCUAAGCAUGAUCCGAAGAGUUCAAACAAACCAAAACUCAAAAUGUUGUUGA